UAUAGAAAAGAAUUUGCAAUAAUAUCUCGUUUUAAGACUGAAAUAAUGAAAUACUUAAAUGUUGCUGAGAAAAAUGAUGCGGCUAAAAAUAUUGCGUUGCAUUUGUCCCGGGGUACUUCAAGGAAGCGUGAGGGGUUUUCACAAUACAAUAAGAUUUAUGAAUUUGAUGCUGAAGUUAUGGGUCAAAAAUGUGAAAUGGUAAUGACCUCAGUAUCUGGUCACCUUUUAACUAUGGACUUUGUGAGUGCCUAUAAAUCUUGGCAGUCAUGUAACCCUCUGUCUCUUUUUGAUGCCCCAGUCUACAAAUAUUGUCCUGAAAAUUAUGAGAAAAUUAAGAAAACUUUAGAGAGAGAAGUACGCAGCUGUCAAGGCCUUAUAAUAUGGACCGAUUGUGAUAGAGAGGGAGAAAAUAUUGGAUUUGAAAUCAUCGAAGUUUGCAUGGCAGUUAAAAAUAAUAUUAAAAUAUUCAGAGCUAAGUUCUCUGAGAUCACAUCUGUGUCUGUAAAGAGAGCAUUACAGACUUUGUCGCAGCCAAACAAGAAUAUCAGUGACGCAGUGGAUGUUAGACAAGAAUUAGACUUGCGGAUAGGAGCUGCUUUUACGAGAUUUCAAACAUUAAGACUGCAAAAAGUGUUUCCACGUACAUUGAAAGAAAGUUUAGUGAGCUACGGUUCCUGUCAGUUUCCAACACUGGGGUUUGUGGUGGAAAGAUACAGAGCUAUUGAGAAUUUUGUGACUGAGCCAUUCUGGAAGUUAAAAGUAAAUCAUACAAUGAACAAUUUAAGUGUUGAUUUUUUAUGGGAAAGGAUAAGAGUUUUUGAUCAGGUAGCUUGUCAAGUGCUCCAUGAUAUUUGCUUAGAGAACCCUCAAGCCAAGGUCACGAAUGUGAAAACAAAGCCCAAAUCAAAGUGGAGACCUUUACCAUUAGAUACAGUGGAAUUAGAAAAAUUAGCAUCACGUAAAUUAAGGAUAAGUGCUAAGGAGACAAUGCAAAUAGCAGAAAAGUUAUAUACUCAAGGUUUUAUAAGUUACCCUCGUACGGAGACCAAUGAAUUUCCUAAGGAAAUGAACUUAGGACAGCUUGUAGGGCUCCAGACUGGAGAUCCAAACUGGGGGACCUUUGCUCAGAAUAUACUUGACAGCGGGGGCCCAACCCCUAGGCAAGGCAAUAAAAGUGACCAAGCUCAUCCUCCCAUCCACCCAACUAAGUAUGCACCUAAUUUAUCUGGCAACGAACAACGCUUAUACGAGUUUAUAGUGCGUUCAUUUCUCGCGUGUUGUUCUAAAGACGCGCAGGGACAAGAGACGACUGUCCACAUAGAGGUGGCCAAGGAGACAUUCAGUGCGAGUGGCCUCAUGAUCACCGCCAGAAACUACUUGGAAGUGUACCCGUACGACAAGUGGUCGUCGAAGGAGAUACAUGUGUAUGAGACAGGUCAAAUAUUCAAUCCGACAAGUAUUGAUAUGAUUGAUGGAAGCACAUCACCACCAAAUCUUUUAACAGAAGCAGAUCUCAUUACUCUUAUGGAGAAACAUGGCAUUGGUACGGACGCUACGCAUGCGGAGCAUAUCGAGAAGAUAAAGAGCCGGUCGUACGUGACACUGGCGGAUGCGCGCUUCGUGCCCGGCGUGCUGGGCAUGGGCCUGGUGGAGGGCUACGACGCGCUGGGCCAGGCCCUCGCGCGCCCGCACCUGCGCGCGCAGCUGGAGGCCGCGCUGCGCGACGUGUGCGACGGGCGCCGCGCGCCGCGACUGGUGCUGGCCGACCAGAUAGCGAAAUACAAGGAAGUGUAUUUGAAAGUGACAGCGGAGGCAAAUAAACUAGACGAGGCACUCACUGAGAGGCUUCGCGAGCCGCCCAUGCAGUACACGCCGGUCGAAACAUUUGCAUCAUCGCCAGUUUUUAAGUGUCCGAAAUGUAAUUCUGACAUGGUUUUGAGGCAACAAAAGAACAAUGCAGAUAAAUUCUAUAUAUCUUGCGUUUCUUUUCCGAAAUGCAAGAAUGCGGUCUGGCUACCGACCCUUGUGAAAACUGUAAACGUUCUCUCCGAAUCUUGUUCCAUGUGCGGUCCGAGUUACAAAAAACUGAAAUUCGAAUGGAGGAAUAAUUCUUUAAGUCAUUUGUACCCGCCGCCGUAUAUCGGCUGUUUAGGUGGCUGUGACAGAACUUUUCUAGAAUCAUUACAAAUCAAUAUUUCUUCUGUCAAAAAGGUCUCUGGUAACCAGAGACCCCAAAACUCUGAGUCAAAUGUCGAUUUCUCAAGAAAUAAUAGAAAUGGAAUUGGGAAUUCAACACAGACCAAUAUACCUCGACAAGAUUUUCACAAUCGUCCAAGAGAAUUCGUUCCGCCCCCAACUGUAAAUAGAGCUCAAAUUCCGAUAAAUCUUGGCCCAAGAUUACCAAGUACUAACAGCAACAUAACUCAUAGAAUGCCAACGCCAAGUCCAUCGGAAAAUGGCGAUGAAAAUAAUGUUAUGUGUAAAUGCAAUAAACCAGCUAGUCUGUUCACUGUACGAAAACAAAAUGAAAAUCAGGGUAAAAAAUUUUACAAGUGCUCAGAUUGCGAUUUUUUUCUUUGGGCACCAGAUUCAGGAAACGCUAUUCAACAGCGGUUCGAAACACCACCCAGUACAAAUACAAGUACAAGCUGGGGAACAUCUUCAAACUCUUUCUGGAACAAUUCACCCCAAAACGAGGAAGAUGUCAAGUGCGCGUGCGGAUUAUCAGCUAAAAAAAUACAAGUGCGAAAAGAGGGACCAACAAAAGGUCGAUUUUUCUAUGGUUGUCCUAACGACUUAAACUCACGAUGUGAUUUUUUCCAAUGGGCUGAAGGCGAAACUAAUACAGGUAAUGAAAAAUUGCACAUAAUGGAGCGGUGGAGUGGGAGCGCGGCGGGGUGGGAUAGGAGCUGCGGCGGGCCGGGGCAGUACUGGGGCGGGCCGGGGCAGUACCGGGGCGAGUCGGGGCAGCACGGGGGCGGGCAGGGGCAGUACCGGGGCGGGCCGAGGCGGCGCGACCGUGCGUCGCUGUACCCUGUGUCGCCGUGA